AUGGCUUCUCUCCUCCAAACCCUGGGCGACUUCCCUCGUCGCCUUGCGGUGUUCCUUGACCGUCCAGGCUUCCCGUGGAAGAAAUUGAUCCUGGGAUUUUCCUUGGGUCAAUAUGUGCUCGAAGGUCUCCUCUCGUUAAGGCAGUAUAAGGUGCUGCAGAAGAAGAAGCCGCCGAAGACACUGGAAGACGAAAUCUCCCAGGAUGUUUUCGACCAGAGUCAAGCAUACGGUCGUGCAAAGGCCAAGUUCGGCUUCGUCUCCGGCCUCUACUCCCAGAUCCAAAACGUCCUCUUCAUUCAAUACGAUGUCUUACCUAAGCUCUGGUCGUUGACAGGGCUCUGGCUAGCCCGUUACUUCCCAAGUCGAUUCUCCGGCGAGAUUUCCCACUCGGUGCUCUUCUUCUUCACCUUCAGUCUCAUCUCCCAGAUCUUGGCACUUCCAACCUCGUACUACAGCACCUUCGUUUUGGAAGAGAAAUUUGGAUUUAACAAACAAACUCUUAAGCUGUGGAUCACGGAUAUGCUCAAGGGCCAGGCGUUGAUGGUGGCAUUGGGCACGCCGUUACUUAGUGCCUUUCUCAAGAUCAUCCAGGUGACGGGCACAAGAUUCUUCUACUAUCUCUGGCUCUUUGGGAUUGUCGUACAACUCUUCGCCAUCACCAUUUAUCCGAUCUUCAUCCUCCCUCUGUUCAACAAGCUCUCUCCUCUUGAACCUGGAGAACUGAAAUCUGGAGUGGAGGCAUUGGCACAAAGGCUCAAGUUCCCACUGAAGUCGCUAUACGUCAUCGAUGGAAGCAAACGGAGUGCCCAUAGCAAUGCGUACUUCUUCGGGCUCCCGUGGAAGAAACACAUAGUCAUCUACGAUACUUUGAUCGAAAAGAGUGAACCUCAAGAAGUGGUGGCGGUAUUGGGUCAUGAGCUCGGCCAUUGGAGUCUGGCGCAUACCACAAAACUGUUCGCAAUCGCCCAGUUCCACAUGUUCUAUAUCUUCGCACUAUUCAGCAUCUUCAUCGACAACCACUCGCUUUACUCAUCUUUUGGUUUUCACGAUACGCAUCCCAUCAUUAUCGGCUUCAUCCUGUUCUCGGAUGCCCUUGCUCCAAUGGACGCCGUGGUGAAGCUCCUGAUGAACGUGCUCUCCCGAAAAUUCGAAUUCGAAGCAGACGCAUUCGCAACUAGGCUUGGGUAUGAGAAGGAGCUUGCAAGGAGUCUGAUCAAGCUGCAAGUGCAGAAUUUGAGUACUAUGGAUGCCGACUGGAUGUAUGCGAGCUAUCAUUACAGUCAUCCCAUUCUGGCGGAGAGGCUGGCGGCACUAGGGUGGAAGAGCUCGAAAUCGUCAACAGCGAAUGGCAAGAUUGUUGAUUUGGGUGAGAAAGUUGCCGAUCCAGAUGUGGUAAAGGCGAGCCAGAGGGAGCUGUGA